GUGAACACAAUUGUCUAUAUAUCUCUGUGUAUAUAAAUUAAAGUAUCAACAAUUAGAAAAAUGACCGAUUGCAAACGCAGUUAUCGUUAUCGCGCAUUCGAUUUUGUUGUGCGCGCCUUUGCGAUUGCCAGCCUGUUUAUCGUUAUGAGCGCCAUCUACCGGCAGGAUGAUGAUCCUGGCUCCCACUACUUACAUCCCAGACGAGUCAUGCAGUAAUGCCGCAAACUUGGUUAUUCUUAAGUAGUAGUUCUCUUAUGUACUUAAUCAGUUAUACAAAUUACAUUAGCAUAAUGUUUAUUAAUAUAUAUAUAUAUAUAUAAUUACAUAUAUUUGUUACAAUCACAAUAUUCUGAACGAAACACUGAUAAGGCGUUCUGGAAACAAAACCAGUUUUGAUAGGAAAUAAAUAAUGCAGGCUUGCAUUUAUGAUUUGAA